GCAAAUUAAUUCGGACAGUUGUCAUAAGUUGCACUUACGUCACACCAAUCGGAAUAAAAUUAGUAUUGUCUAUAUAUAGUAUAUUAAUUUUCAUUUUAUACCAACUUAUAAUUCUCCCAAUUAAAACAGAAAGCAACUGCUCUUCACCACCGUGAAUUCUGCAAAAAUGGUUCUAAAAACAGUUGAUCACCCUUCCUCUCUGAUGACUAACUUCCUCCGGCGCUGCGGCGGCUCCGCCGUCCUCGACGGCGGCCUUGCGACGGAGCUGGAACGCCACGGCGCUGACCUCAAAGACCCUCUGUGGAGUGCCAAGUGCCUCUUAAGCUCCCCUCAUCUUAUUAGAAGGGUGCACCUGGAUUACCUUGAAGCAGGAGCAAAUAUAAUUAUAUCUUCAUCUUAUCAGGCUACUCUUCAAGGUUUUGAAGCAAAGGGAAUUUCAAGAAAAGAAGGCGAAGCGUUACUCGAAAAAAGCGUAAAGAUCGCUUGCGAGGCUCGGGACAUAUUCAAGGAGAGAGCCACCAAGGGGCUGUGGGAUGUUAGUGCAACGCUUGAUCACGAACAAGCCCCCAUUUUGGUCGCUGCAUCUGUCGGAAGCUAUGGCGCCUAUCUCUCCGAUGGCUCCGAGUAUAGUGGGAGUUAUGAAGAUGGUGUGAGUUUGGAUAGUCUGAAAGAUUUCCAUCGGCGGAGGGUUGAGGUGUUGGCUGCGUCCGGGGCUGACCUCGUUGCGUUCGAGACCAUUCCAAACAAGCUCGAGGCCAAGGCAUACGCGGAGCUUCUAGAAGAAGAGGGCGUCGAGAUUCCAGCGUGGUUUUCCUUCUCUUGCAAAGACGGAGCAAACGUGGUGAGCGGUGAUCCGAUCGAAGAAUGCGCUGCCAUUGCUGAUUCUUGUGACCAAGUCAUUGGAGUUGGAAUCAAUUGCACUGCGCCAAGAUUCGUUCAUCAACUCAUCCAAUCUAUAAAAAAGGUAUAUACUCUCAUAUAUACAAUUCUACACAACUCCCAAAUUGAAUUAUCAUGUUUUAAAUUGCAGGCAACAAAUAAACCAAUUCUUAUAUAUCCAAACUCUGGGGAGACUUAUGAUGCAAAUACAAAGGAAUGGGUGAAAUCAAGUGGAGUUUCGGACGUGGAUUUCGUGUCAUAUGUGAAGAAAUGGAGGGAGGCAGGGGCAUCCCUAGUGGGAGGGUGCUGUAGAACUACGCCCAAUACAAUUAGAGCUAUUUCCAAGGCUCUCGAGACUCUACUCUAAUGGAAGAGCUUCCAUGUUUUUGGCUUAUCUAUGUAACUUCUAUGUAUAUAUAAAUCAACUUUUCGUGUGUAAUAAAAGGGAAGCACUAUCUACUGAUGCAUGCUUUCUAAAUUCAAGAUUUUUCUCUUUCUCA